UCGAGGGGACUGAUGGCACAGCGCUUCAGGCAACGCCACAAACCUGCUUCUGUACAGUAGACGCAAGACAGCGGUCAUUCUCUCUGACUCAGUGUCUGUUAUUUAAAGAUGAUAUCAAAUUGACGCCAGUCAUCAUCCCUGGAUUUCCCUGGCCUUAUGUUGACAUGGCAACAGGAAGGAAAAGCUCCACUUCAAAAGGUGCAGUACAUUUCCCCGAUGAUGAUGAAGAUGCUCCCAUUAACAAUAGCUGUGAUGAAAAGCUUCAGGAUAAAGUCAUCACUGCUCUACCAGAGCCUGAUGGCGCAUAUCUUGUUAAGGUGGGAUUUUUAAGGAGCCAUCACAAAUAUGAAAUCAUCUUUUCUUUGCCACAAGUCCCAACACUAGGGAAAGAUGUCUCUCUUUCCCCCGCACUACGCACUACUGCAAAACCACGACUACGUGCAACACGCAUCACACCACGGCCUGAUGGGGGAGCGAGGGUGGUUUGUGAGUACAGCGCUCAGCAGGAGGGAGUGGUGCAAGAGGAACUCACCCUGGUCAACAGGAGCAGAAGGGACAGCAGCGUCCGAGUUCGAUUACAGGCCAGAGUCAUGGAUCGCCACCACGGGACACCAAUGUUACUUGAUGGAGUGCGGUGUGUUGGUGAAGAAAAACACACAAAAUAAUGACACAAAAGAUGUGACUAAAUCAGUUUGCUUGUGUAAAUGAUGAGAAUAAACCAAAAUUAAUGUGAACGUGAACAACCCGUCUCACACCCAUCCAUGGAGGAUCACAACUGAAUUGUUUUCGCACUAAAGCAAAAAUAGAGCCGCUAUUAUAGAGUCUAUGCAUCACAGGUCUGCUAAUCCAUCACAAAUUCAACUUUAGUUUUUAGCAGAAUUAAAUCAAAAAGCAAUUUAAAGAGAAAAAGGAAUACCAUUGCAUCUGGCCAAGGAUAACAUGUCACAAGUGCAGCUGAGUUUAGCUAUGUGCUGUUUGAUAGCCUAAUGAUGAGUUACUAUACAUUCACUAUAUUGAGCUUCUCAUUAGCCACAAAAUCAAACAAAAUAGUGUUUGGCUUAGCUGGUUACUUUAUAAAAUUUAAAAACGUGUAUCAAGAACCUGCAAGCAGCUUAUUUUAUUUAUUUAUUUAUUUUGCAAGUAUUACCUGAAAGCCUGAAGGUGGAAUGUAUGUAUAAUCAGGUGCAUAAUAUACACUUUAUAUAUAUAUAAUUAUAUGUCAUCCUAUUGCUUAAAUGCUUUGCAACCAUAAUCAUCAAUCCUUCCAAAUGCUGUGAUUCAUUUCUCAAAUAUGAUGUAAUUUGUUAAUAAAAAAAAAGUAGGCUAUAUAAAACACUUGUUGAUUGCUUUGUGCACAAAUAAUUAUGAGAUAUGCAAUGCAAUGCAUUGGCCUACCCAAACGUAACUUGGCAACUGACAUUACUAUCAUACCCUGAGGGAACUUAAACAAUUUUAGGACAGUACCACCUAGUGGUCAAAAGAAAUCAAGACCAAUAAUGUUCUUGAGAAAAAGGAAGCGUAUAACAGAAGAGACGCUAAUGUCAUAACACAAUGAAAAGAUUUAGAACAGCAACUUGAA